UGAGGGAGGGGCCCGUUUUGGGUUUGAAAUUGUGUUGACGGUGCUUAUUUUCAAUUGCAUUGCUAUUCUGUGUCAGUUCCUUUCAACUGGUAUUGUCAUGGUUACACGUAAGAAUCUUGCGGAGAUCAACAUAUGAUUUUUACUCUCUCAAUUCAUGGGAAAUUGCCAUAGUCGAUCCCUUUGUUAUGCAUAUUGUGAGCGUAGACUAAAAGGAGACUUAAGUUGGAUAUGAUCUACCAGUGGUUGACUUAUUUUUAUGCUAAAACCUAUGUUAUAUGCAAUGAGGAGUACACCCCACUGCCAUGCUUGCUUUUGGGGGUUCAAGCAGAACUAUCCAUGAUAAUUUCGGACCUUACUAUGGUAUUGGGUAUUGCACAAGGUGUCAAUCUUUUAUUUGGGAUGGAUUUACUCUCGUGCAUUCUUUUUGCUAUACUUGGUGCCAUUCUACUUCCAUUUUUAAUCAAUCUCUCAGACAACAAUGGAAAGGCAGCAGAAUUUUUCGUAUACAUAGCAGGUUUUGCUUUGCUUUUCUAUGUGUUCGGAGUAUUAAUUAGUCAACCAGAAGUUCCAGUUAUAGAUGAGUUUUUGCCGAAAUUGACUGGGGAGAAUGCGUACGCUGUCAUGGCUCUUCUUGGAGCAAAUAUAAUGUCUCAUAAUUUUUAUAUCCACUCUGCCAUUAUACAGCAGCAGGGUAGGCAGUCAAAUGUUGCCCUGGGAGCCUUAUUUUAUGACCAUUUUUUUGCCAUUCUCUUCAUUUUCACUGGAAUUUUUCUGGUUAACUACGUAUUGAUAACCUCAGCAGCAGCAGUAUUUGGCAAUACAGAUGUGGUAGCACUAAACUUUCAAGAUAUUUCUUUAGUGAUGGAACAGAUAUUCAAAAAUCCUAUAGCACCAGUUGCAUUUCUUUUGGUCCUUCUCGUCUCUUGUCAAAUCACAGCCUUGAACAGGAAUAUUGGAAGUCAAGUGAUUUUGCAGCAUUUUUUUUCUACCAAGAUUUCUGGUUUGGUCCUUCCGAUAUUUUCCAAAGCUUUCACUGCUAUUUUGGCUCUGUUCUGCACAAAAAUUGGAGGCGCUGAAGGGAUAUACCAGUCACUUAUUGUGUCUCAAAUAAUACUUGGCAUGCUUGUUCCAUCUGCUACAAUUCCUCUUUUCCGUGUAGCGUCAUCUAGAGUUAUAAUGGGUACUUUCAAAAUAUCCUGGUAUACUGAAAUUUUGGCUCUCCUCGCAUUUUUUGGGAUGAUAACAGUAAACUUUAUCUUCAUUGUUGAAAUCCUAUUUGGAAAUAGCAGCUGGGCAAUUAACUUGUGGGAAAGCAAUGUAACUGGUACCAUUAUCCUGUUUACCCUUCUUAUUCUUGGUUUUACAUCGAUUUGUUUCACAAUUUACCUGGCAGUAACACCGUUAAAGUCUGCAAGCUCCAUACCAGAUGCACAGAUAUCUACCAGAGUUUCUCAGAAUGAUCUGCCCGAGUUUUUUGAACGUAUAGAAGAAUCUAAUUUGGAAGAGAAAGAAUAUAAUGAAGAAAUGGAAUCUAUGGCAGAAGCCACUUUUGAGAAGUAUGUGGAGAGUCAAUCUGAUAAGUCAACAAUAGAGUACAACCCUGAUGUGUCCCAGGCAACUAUUGACUCUGAUCAUGAUUCCCAGCAAUCAACUUAUGGCUCUAACAUUAAUGUUGAUGUUACCUCUCCAACUUAUCAUUCAGAAGGUUCAGCAUAUAUGACAGAAGAAAGGCUUUCAGAUGUUCGAUACAAAGAUUCUAUUGAACCAUUGCAUGGUGAAGAGAGCUUCCACCAGCAAACUACAUUUGCGGAACCUGUUGCUAUGAAUUUGAGAUCAGAAAUAGGCUUACACACAGUAAAGGAUAAUGAGGCAGAGGAUGCUCUGGAGCUUGAGGAGCUUACCAAAGCUUCAUUUCCCCCAUUAAUCUCUGAAAGCCCUAAACCUGUUAAUAUUGCUAAGGGGACCGGUAAAGAUGGGGGAAAUGGAAGUGGAAGUCUUUCAAAAUUGUCUGGACUUGGGCGUGCAGGUCGGCGCCAAUUCGCAACCAUUUUGGAUGAGUUUUGGGGCAACCUUUUUGAUUUCCAUGGGAAACUCACCCAAGAUGCUAGCUCCAAGAGGUUGAACGUUCUUUUGGGAUUAGAUUUCAAAGCAGUCAAUUCUUUUGGUAAGGCAGAUACCACAGCUGCUGAAACCUCCAAGUUUUUGUCUACGGAUGCUGAAAAGGGGCAAACUUUCUUGCCAAGCUCGGGAGAGUAUAGUUCCCCAAACCAAAUGAAUGUUCAAGGUGCAGAUUUACCUUUUUGUGUUCGAAGGGGAAAUUUAUCUUGGUCUAGCAUGCAACGUGCGGAUGCAGUUGUCCAAAGUUCUCGCAGCAAUGUGUUUGAUCUUGCUGAAAGAACCUAUUCUAGUUUACAUCUUCCACACUGUUCAGAUGAUAGGGACUAUCAACCAGCAACAAUUCAUGGCUAUCAGAUAGCCUCCUUUCUCGAAGGCAUCAAUACAGGCAGACCCCCUUAUUCCAUAAGCACACAAAACCUCCCACCAACAACCAAGUUUUCUCCAUCUUAUGUGUCACCAUUAAGGGAUCAGAUUAUGCAUAGCCAUGGACAAAAUAGGUUUGCUUCUACGGGAACCUCUAGCCUUCAAAACCCAGCUUUGUCAAGAAUAAGCACGUUGCAAGCUGAAAGGCCCUAUUUUGAAUCCCAUUUGAUGGGGCCAAGUGAGCAUGCUAUUUCCCCUGCAUACACUAAAAAAUAUCAUAGUUCCCCUGACAUUUCUGCAAUCAUUGCAACAGCUAAGAGUUCCUAUUUGAAUGAGGGUAAGCAGAGCACUCCUAUUGGUCCACAGACAUCUUUUGGUAGGAUGGCUUCAGAAAAAUCACAGUAUUUGAACCCUUUAGCAAGAGCUGGUGUUCCACUGGCCUUUAAUGAGCUCUCUCCCAAGAUGCACAAAGAGAUUUUUCCAUUACAGCCAAGUUUGAACCCAGAAACCAAAUCUCUUUUCUCUAGACAACCAUUCGAGGAACUGUUUGGCAUGAUGGGUGGAGAUCGUAGUGGUGGAAAUGUAGGGGCAGCAGGAACCUCAAGUUCCCCCGCUGAAGAGGCCUUCCCUUAUGCAGAUUCAGAAGCCAAAUUGCUUUAUUCUCUGAGAUUUUGCAUUAUGAAGCUACUGAAACUGGAUGGAUCAGAUUGGUUGUUUAGACAGGGUGGUGGGGCUGAUGAGGAGCUGAUUGAUCAAGUUGCUGUGGCAGAGAAAUGCCUCCAUAUUGAUUCAAGUGAGAUGAUUCAGCCCUAUGCGGAUGAAUUUCAAUACUUGCCAUCUGAUUGGAAGUUAAAUUCAGUCAAGAGAAGCGAAGAAUCUGAUAUUCCUUUCCGUUUGACACCACCAAAUUGUGGAGAUGGUUGUGUUUGGCGAGCAGCACUUAUUGUAUGUUUUGGUGUUUGGUGCAUUCAGCGUAUCCUAGAACUAUUAGUCGUGGAAAGCCGACCUGAACUAUGGGGCAAAUAUACAUAUGUUCUCAAUCGCCUUCAGGGAAUAAUUGAGCCUGCAUUUUCCAAACGACGAUUCUCUCUCCGGAGCUGUACUUGUCUUGAUAUAUCUAUAAAAUCCCUUACAAACUUCAGUUCUUCCUCAACGAACGGCGUUCCAUUUGCCAGGGAAAAAGACAGCCAAAAAUCAUUAACUAGUGCAUCUAUGGUCCUUGACCUCAUCAAGGAGGUAGAAUCUGCCGUAUCCAAUCGCAAAGGUCGUACAGGCACAGCUGCUGGCGACGUUGCCUUUCCAAAAGGAAAGGAGAACUUAGCAUCUGUGCUCAAGCGCUACAAACGCCGCCUAUCUAGCAAGCAACAAGGACCCCAGGAAGGUACAUCUCUGCGAAAAAUUCCUUUUUCCUCUCCCUCAGGUUUAUAGCUAGUUGCAGCCUGCUCCUAGUUAAUUUGUCAUGAUUUUUUUUCUUUUUUACCUUUGAAAAACGUUCCUGGCGUUCAAGGAUCAAUGAUCUGUCUUUUUCCAGCUCUGACUUUCUUGUAUGCUGUAUAAGAAUUAUAUUCGUAGUUGUUGCAGAAAUGGGUAAAGCAGAUAGGAAGUACCUUUUAUUUAUCUUCCUCAUUCUUUGUUU